AUGAUCUCUUGCGUGCUUUUGGUCUUGCACCUCAAAGCCCGAGCAGCCGCUGCCAAGCAAGCAAGGAAAAACCAACAAGGAUUUGAGGAGCAGGACCAGGAAGCACAUGUCCCCGAAGCGCCUCCUCUACCUGUGUCACCUCAGAUAUUCAGACAGGAGUCUUCAGCAGAAGCAGGCUGCAAGGUUACAAAGAAGACAAAAGGGACAGCCAAAGCAGUGGCGAGGAUUGUGGAUGAGAAGAAGCGCUUCAAAAUCAAGUGGCGUGGUUAUCAGGUCUCAGAAAUAGCGGCGAAGUGCUUGCAACUUGCGCGGCAAGGACGGCGGAAGAAGGCUGUGGAAAAAUUGAAGGAAAGGCUGAAGGCGAGCUAG